UGCCAGUGUCGCGCCGCGAGAUGGCGUCACCGAGACGACGACAGAAGAUGACGUCAGCGAGCCGCGCCGCCGCCGCUCGAUUCUACCGCCCACCCGGCCAUGGCGCGGCCUCUCCCUGCCGAGGUACCGGCGGCGGCGGCGCUGGGGGCGCUGAGGCGCGCGGCCGCGUUCGUGUCGCGGGCGCUGCCUCUAUGCCGCGCUCACACGGUGGAGUUCUACACGCGGGGGCUGUGGGAGCGGCUGGUGGCGGCGCGGCCCGAGGCCGUGCUGCAGGCCCUGAGCAACGCCGGGCCUCUGGCGCUGGGGCGACCCCUGGCGGAGGCCGCCGGCGCGGAGCUGGGGGAUGAUGACACGUUUUCCAACGUGUUUUGUGAAAACUCUGAGAAGCUUAUCAAUGUACAUUUGUUUGCUCUGGCUGCUAAGUAUUAUUCUUUGUCCAACCUUGAUGUGUGUACCCCAUUAGAAGACAUACUUGAAGCAUGCAGAGGAGAAAAUCGAGAGACAACAGGUGUCAAAACUGAUGAGUUUAUGAAUAACAAGAAAUCACAUGAAGUGCAGAUGAUGUCAGAGCUAGUAGACAAAAUAGUUAAUUAUUGUGGUAUAAAGCAGGUGAUUGAUAUAGGCUCUGGAAAAGGCUACCUGAGUUCAUUUUUGUCCAUGCAAUAUGACUUAAAAGUUUAUGGAAUUGACUCCUCAAAUUCCAACACUAGUGGUGCUCAUGAAAGGAAUAGGAAGUUGAAGAAACACUGGAAAGCAUAUCAGAGGCGAGGAAGAACAAACCUCAAAAGCCAGAGAUGGGAAAAGUCUAAUGACAGGCCAGUGGAAAGUGAAAUGAAAUGUACAGCAAUCAAUGAAAAGCCCUUAAUUGACAGCAGUCUUCAAAGUCAGGACCAAGUGGCUCUCCAACCUUCUUGCAGUUUCACAGAAAUACCUACAUCUGAAACCAGCAAACAAACUGAAGUUGACUCAGUGGCUCGGACACAGUCUGAUGACAGCAGACUUUCUGAAGAGGUUCUUGCUAUGCUGAAUGUUCUGCCUGCUGAUGCUGUAGAAGAUUUUUCUUUAUCUCAGCGUAACUAUGGAGAACUCUGUGAAGAGGAAAAGGCGCAGAGAAAAAUGGCAUCUCUCAAGGCCAAAGCAAGCGAGUCAAGUGAAUCAAACCUGUAUAUUCCAUUGACCUCUUGCAUCACUGCUGAAACAGAACUCAGUGACAUCAUAUCAGAUCUGGAGGAUUGUAUGAUGGUGGGUCUACAUACUUGUGGUGAUCUUGCUGCAAAUACACUACGAAUUUUUACUGCCAAGCCUGAAAUCAAAGCAGUUUGCACUGUAGGCUGCUGCUACCAUCUGUUGUCAGAACAGUUUGAAAACCAAGAAGAUUGCCCAGAGGGAGUGUGGGGAUUUCCCAUGUGUCAGUACUUGAAGGACAAAGGCUGGUGCUGUGGUCGCAAUGCUAGAAUGUCAGCAUGCUUGGCUUUGGAGCGAGUCGCUGUUGGCCAAAUGCUGCCUACAGAAUCAUUGUUUUAUCGAGCUGUUCUUCAGGUUAUUCUAGAAGAAAUUUAUGGUGUCACCAAAAGCAAUCGACAUGUUGGAAAAACUUUCUCCAAAUCAUCCUCCUUCAUAGACUAUGUCAGAAAGUCUCUGAAAAAGCUGGAGCUGGAUGAUUCAAAGUUUCAAACAGUCUAGUGUCUGCACAUCAUUACCUGAAGUUGCAGGGGCUUUUCCCCUAGAAGAAGUCAUUUAUUUGGCCGGUGCCCCAUCUAACAACCUGAGGUGAGACCUGCAACAAUAAACAGCUGGUUAGUGCUCAGUUUCCACCAUCCCCAUUUGCUCUAACCCUGACCAGACUUCAUGAAAACAGCUGCUGCCCAUUUGUCUUUUUCUGAUCCUGUGCUUCAGGUAGAGCAUCCACAGAAGAUUUACAGCUGUCAGGUCUUGACCAACAGGACAGUAAAGGCCAUUAGACCCUUCUAUGAGGUGUUGUACCCAUCCCAGCAGCAUUUACAUUAAUAACAUAGUAAGAGAAACUCAUGUCCUAUAAAAAGCCUGUUUAUCAUCUUAAGUAAUUUAAACAACUUUGAUAUUUGAUAUAUUACAUCUAUCAAAGUUAGACUCAAAAUAUUCAGUCUUGAUAUAGCUAUUUAGCUAAAUUUAGAUAUGUCAUAUCACCCUGUCUGUUCUGCAGAGUUUAUGUAUUUAGAAGGAUAUUUAAUUAAAUAAGCAUGUUAGUGCUUGCUUUCUCUGCAAUAACCAAAACUUUUAUGUUUAUUUAUAAUUAAUAAUUAAUUUUCUAUAAUUUUGUCUUAUUUUAUAAGAAUCUCUGAAAAUAUUACGUAUCAUUCAUUUAUAAAAUAAUCUUUUUUCCUAUAUUAGUUAUGCUUUCCUUUGCUACAUUGACUUUGUAGUUUUGCAGACUCUAGACUAUUUCGUUUUGAGUAGUAAAACUGGUAGAUAGUACUGAAAUCACAUUUUGUGUGAAAAUAUUUUUUUUUAAUUAUUUGGGGUUUUUUUGUUGGACAAAAUCCUUUUUUCCUAUGUCUUGGACAUUUUUGAUAUACUUAGUUUGAAUAGUUGAUAUAUAUUUCAUAGCAGUAGUUACCUUUUAAAACAGUGAUGCUUUUUAAGAAAACACAAGAGCAUAUGUAUGUGAGUUACUGUUUUUGAUGAUGCAAAUGCCUACCAAAAGCAUUAGCAUACAUGUAAAGCCUGGACACUAAGCUGAGCUGAGUGAUCUCUCUGUGCUAUAACUGUCAAGUAAAAAUUGAAGUAAAACAUUAGGGGUUUUAAGACAAUAAUAAAAUAACUGGUUUUGUUGUUUUUUUAAAAAAAAUAAAAUAAGAAUAUGUUAAUUUAAAAAAUAACUGAGUCUACACUUGGAGCAUAAAUAUGGUUGUAUUACAGGUUUCAGUGAUUUAUCACUGGUUUAGAACUACAGUUUUAAUAUAUAUUUCUUUUUAUAAUUGCUCAGAUGGCAGAGUGAACAUGGAUUAAGGAGAUGUCUUCUCUAAUUUAAGAUGAGACAGCUAUUCAUGUUGGCCAAAUCUAUGUUUAAUAUAUUAGGCUCAGUCCUGAAUAAAUUUUCAGCAGAUAUAAAUUGUUGUGCUUGCUUGCAUUUAUUUAUAUGAUAAUACUGCCUUCUUUAAAAUUAGUACAAAAAUAGUUCAAAUUUGCUUUUUUCAGAUUCCUGUAGCAUUCGAUGGAGCAAAUUAGUUAAAGCACUGCAAAGCAAAGAGCUUAAAGAUGGGACUUUCCACGACUCCUGCUAAGAGACUCAGAUGUCCUGAUUCCAUAAAUGCUUUGUGAAAACACAGUGGCAAAUGUACAUUGCAGAUAACUUCACAGUCAGUGCCUGGGAAAAUGCUUGAAAACAACUGUUGAGUUUCUUGAGAUCCAUCCCUAUGAUCCUGUUUUCCCCUUUUCCAGACCAGGAGCCAUCUGAUAAGCCUUUACAAACUUUGUAGCCCUUCUGAGGAACACACAAGUGGAAGUUCUGUCCCCUCAUGCUGGCUAUCAGUCCAACCUGUAUUAUGAGAUGUCCUGGUUUUAGUCCUUAGUUAUAUUCUACUCAUGUAAUAGUGAGUAGACUUGGAGGAUAUUCCUUCCUGUUUCCACAACUGUGGUUCUUGUAGAAUACAAAGGAGGCACAUUCCACUGGCUGAGUGGGAGAUUUGAAUAACCCAUACGCAUAACCCAGCAUCUGGCACCGUUCUGUGAUCAUCUGCACAUUUUAAGGGCACUCAUCCUACCUGACCCUCAAAGCAGAAUGGUGGGCACUUGUCUGGGACUGGGGCUACAGAUCUGGCCAAAUGGUCUGCACCAUCUCCUCCAGCAGUGGCUGAUGCCUCCAUACAGAGAGACAGGAACAGCCUCACAUUCAAAAGCCCUGAUCCUCAAACACCCUGAUGCCUGUUGGAGGGACAACAGCGCAGGGUAUGAGCAAUUCAGGAGGUUCCCGAGUGCAUUGCUAAUAACUUCCUUCUCCAAGUGAUAGAGGAACCAACAAGGAGGGGCUGAUGGGGAAUGUGAAGCUCAAGGGCAGCUUGGCUACAGUGACCAUGAAUUAGUGUUGUUAAAGAUCCUUAGGGCAGUGAGGAGGGUGCACAGCGAGCUCAAUACCUACACUGCACUUCAGGAGAGCAGACUUUGACCUCUUCAAGGAUCUGCUUGCCAGAGUAUCAGGAUAAAGCCAUGGAGAAAAGAGGGGCCCAAGAAAGCUGGGUAAUAUUUAAGGAUCACCUCCUCCAAGCUCAGGGGUGAUGCAUCCCAACAAAGAGAAAGUCAGGAAAAAAAUGCCAGGAGACCUUCAUGGGUGAACAAGAUGCUCCUGCACCAGCUCAAACACAAAAGGGAUCCUACAGAGGGUGGAAGCAAGCACAGGUAGCCUGCGAGGAAUAUAGGGAAAUUGUCUGAGCAGCCAGUGAUCAGGUUAGGAAAACUAAAGCUCAGAUAGAAUUAAAUCUGGCCAUCAAUGUCAAAGGCAACAAGAAAACCUUCUAUAGAUAUGUUGGGUAUAAAAGAAAGACUAUGGAAAAUGUGGGCCUUCUCCAGAAGGAAACAGGAGACUUGGUUACACAGGACAUGGAGAAGGCUGAGAUACUCAACAACUUUUUUGACACGGUCUUCACCAGCAAGUGCUGUAGCCUCACCGUACAAGUCUCAGAAGGCAAAGGCAGGGACUAGGAGAAUGAAGAACUGCCCACUGUAGGAGAGGAUCAGAUGCGAGACCAUUUAAGGAACGUGAAGUUGUGAAAGUCCAUGGGAAUUGAUGAAAUGCAUCCGCCCUGAGAUUUCUUAUAAUCUUAACGUCUACCCUGCACCAAAUUCAGUGUUGAUAUUUUAAAUGACAAUGAAUACCCCAGACUGGUUGGUCUUUGCUAGGAUUAUUUCAAUUUUGAUGCUUUUUACUGUGUGCAGCCAUUGGGCAAACAAAUCCUCUCCACUUUCCCGUGAAUUCUAACAUGGCAACUAACUGAGUCCAAACAGUCAAAAAAUGAAGGCACUAGAUGAAUUUACUUGCUUAAUACAUUUUACAAUUGUUGAAGAGUUGACUUUCUCAGCAGUUUUCUUGGACAGAAGGAAUUUCAACUCACAGAUUUCUUCAUUCAUUUGUUAGGUAAAUAUUGAAUGAAGGCUCAGGUAAUACUUGUAUUACAGCCUAUAAACUAUAUGUUCAUAAUGCAAUUUUCAAGUAUAAUUGUCUUUCAAACAGACAAAAUACUACAAAUUAUGGUAGCAUAACAUUUUAGCAUGACAAGGAGUCUUAAGAUAUGUGUGACUUUUAUUUCAACUAGAUAUAAUGAUAGAUAAUAUAGAUUGCCCUCAUUUAAAAUGCAUUUUUAACAGAAGUUCUAAAUAAACUUGUUUCUCUGAAACUUGUUUCUCAUCUGUUUUACAUCAUGUUGUUUAGCCUUGAGGAGGCUGAGGGGAGACCUUAUUGCUCUCUGUAUCUACCUGAAAGGAGGUUGUGGAGAGGAGGGAGCUGGCCUCUUCUCCCAAGUGACAGGGGACAAGACAAGGGGGAAUGGCCUCAAGCUGUGCCAGGGGAGGUUCAGGCUGGACAUCAGAAAAAAAUUUUUCACAGAAAGGGUCGUGGGGCACUGUCAGAGGUGGUGGAGUCCCCAUCCCUGGAGGUAUUUAAAAGACGGGUGGGUGAGAUGCUCAGUGGCAUGGUUUAGUGGUUGAUAGGAAUGGUUGGACUCGAUGAUCCUGGAGGUCUAUUCCAACCUAGUGAUUCUGUGAUAAGCUAGAUCUUUGGGUGCAGAUUCGUUAUUAAGACAAGUGCUUGAUAGAUGUAUUUGGGGUUUUUUCAUGCUUAUUCACUUAGGCCGUAUGUUCAUAGUAUUGACAUCAUAAUGUAAGAAAUAAAUUCAGUGCAUGUAUUUAAAGAAAUUUCUUUGUAUACACGAAUGCGUGGCAACCCUGCGUAGAGAACAGUUGAAUGGACGACUCGGGUGGCUAAACGAGGCUUGCUUUGCCUGUGUGCAAUUCUGUUCCUGAAAAUGCAAACGAUAAUUUACUCCCGCAUCACCUUGGAGGCAUAGCUGAAGCUUGUGUUGGGUACUGAAGCCAUCUGGCAAGCUGUUGCAUUUUCAGAUAAAGCCAGUGUUAUCUGGGCUUUAGUCUUCUUCCAAUGAACUGACCACAUAGCUAGCUGUCAGUUACCCUUUUCAUGCCUUUUUCUAUCAGUGCUUUUUGGCAGACUCUCUUUUUUUCCAGCUGGGCUGUUCCAUCGGAUAGGUUCACUGACCAAACUUUUAACUGAGGCAGAGUUUAGAAUAGUAUUUAAUCUAUCCAUGAUAGCAGGGUGCAUUAAGUCAGAAUGUGUAGUAAGCAAGAGGGGAGUGGAAAAGCAUUUGCGCUCAGUACUUAAGUAUGGCAACAUCCAAGAGACAUUUUUGACACAGCUUCUUAUUUGCCAAACAUUUCACAGCUUGUUUUCUUUUUAUUUGAAUGCUUCAUGUUGAAAAAUUGAGAACAUAAAUGAAGCAAAAGCAGAAACUUUUCAAAAGUCCAUUUUUAUAAAUACAGAUCUUUGUAUUUUAGUUCCAAAUAGCCUGUAAUUUCUAAAGUCCAUUAUACUAAAACCUUCUUAAUUCUCAGCUGAAAUGAGAAGCUUAUAUGGCAGAGGUUAAAUAAACUAUUUUGUUUAUCUCAUGACUGAUAUAUUUUAGUUCGUCUGACUCUUAGAGGGGAAGAGAAAAAAAAAAUGAGAUAUUUGCAUAGCUUUACUGAAAAUGAAAUAGCAACAAGACCAAAAAAGUCCUGUUAGUCCACAUUAGUACUACCAGAUCAGCUGCUCAACCUUCCCUCUGUAGUUGGGAGAAAGCACUUUCAAACUUAAAAAAUAUGACUGGAAGGCUACAGAAGUUUUUCUAACCUAUCUCCUUGUUUUAAGGCCGUUACAAUUUUACGUCUUUCCUGAAAAAUAUUUGUCAAAUCUUCUUAGAGCUUCCUGUCGUGGAGACUGACAACCUCCCCUGUCCUUAAUUAACCUCAAAGAGAGAAAGUUUCUUCGAGUUUUUGGCUGAUUUUUUUUUUUUCCACAAUUCAAGCCUAACACUUCUUAUCCUGUCCACCAUACACACACUGAACAAGCUGCUCUGUACUUCCUUGGCGAUAGCGUUGUAGAACUGUUCUUGCGUCCGUUCUCAUUUUUCUCUAAUGUAGCCUGAUCAGUUCCAGGUCUCUCAGUCUUUCUUCAUAGCUCAUGUUUUCUAGAUCUGUGAUCUCUUUUCUUUCUCAGGUUUUUUUUUCAAACAGUUAAUUUCUUUCUUUGAAAUCUGAUGCCCCAAAAUAGAUGUGGUAUUCCAGCUAGAACUUUG